AUGGGGUCCCGGACGCCGUGCCCGGGGCGGGGUGGGGGCUGGAGAAGGGAGGACGGCUUUUCCCCGUCGGCGGUGCCCAAGGGCGGCUCCCCGCCUGGCCCCACCGCGCAGAGCCCUCUCCAAAGCCCACCCCUGGCGACCUCCCCCGCCCACCCCGGAGGGAGCCCGAUCUCCGCCGGCAGCGGCAGCCCGGCCCAGGUGACAGUGCCGCCAGGGUCCCCGAGCCCCGUUCCGGCCCCGGGGAAGGAUGCUUCCCGUGGAGAAGCCGUCCAGGUGACAAGCCUGGGCCAAGGAGAGAAAGGCCGCUCAGCUCAGAGCCCCGGGCCUCCGGAUGACUACCCUCCCCCUCACCGAAGGAGGCCUCCAGCCCCCGCCCCGACCCCCGGCCGUGCCCAGCGCCCCCGCGCCAACUCAACCCUCCCGCCGGACCGGCCUCUUACCCCGCCCGCCCCAGGAGCCCCGCCGCCCCCGGCCCGACCCUGGGGAUGUCCGCUCCGCUCGCCAGACCCUCGGGCCCCGCGGGAGCCGCAGUGGGUACCUGGAUCUGGCCGUGCUUGUGACCCCAGCUGCGAACCCGCACGAGGACUGGAUCACAUGCGCGCGCGCUCUCGCCUACAUAUCCAGGCACCUAGAUCUUCUUUAUCCCUCCACCUAGCCCCUCUCCAACAGCACCCUGGCUCUGAUUCUCCCCUGCUGUCCCGCGCCCGCCGAGCCCAUCCAAGACCCGAUGCUGCUCCUCCCCACCGCAGCCCUCAUCCCUCAGAGUCUUUCCACGCGGUAUAG